GAGGACCCUCGGCUGGAACGCCUCGGCGGCCCCGCGGUGCCCUACUCGCGCAACUACCGCCAGAAGUACGAGUACUUCCGGUCGCGGCUGCGCGCCCCCCGCGACCUCCAGGCCAAGUUCGAGGUGCGCGUGACGCGGCCCGGCAUCUUCGAGGACUCCUUCCGCCUCAUCUACUCCGUCAAAAAACCCGAAAUCCUCAUGCUCUGGAUAGAAUUCCUCGGCGAGAAGGGUCUGGACUACGGUGGUGUUCAGCGCGAGUGGUUCUUCCUUCUCUCCAGGGAAAUGUUCAAUCCCUACUACGGCCUCUUCGAGUACUCCGCAGCGGAUAAUUACACCCUCCAAAUCAAUCCUCUCUCGGGCCUCGCGAACGAGAACCACCUGCGCUACUUCAAGUUCAUCGGGCGUGUGUGCGGCAUGGCGGUGUACCACGGGAAGCUGGUGGACGGGUUCUUUAUCCGGCCCUUCUACAAGAUGAUGCUGGGGCGGAAGAUCAACCUCAAGGACAUGGAGGCCGUCGACUCGGAGUACUACCGCAGUCUGAAGUACAUCCUGGAGGCCGACCCUCGCGACCUCGAUCUCACUUUCUCCGUUGACGAGGAGCACUUCGGUGAGACUGUGGAGGUCGAGUUGGUGCCCGGCGGACGCUCGAUCGCCGUCACCAACGCCAACAAACGCUUCAACGACUUAAUCCCCUUGGAGACGCUGCAGCUCUUCGACGCCAACGAACUGGAACUCCUCAUGUGCGGUCUGCAGGACAUCAACGUCCACGACUGGAAGGCCAACACCCUGUACAAAGGGGAGUACCAUGUCAACCACCCUGUGAUCGUCAACUUUUGGAGAACGCUGUACACGUUCACCAACGAGUUGCGAAGUCGUCUGCUGCAGUUUGUGACGGGCACGUCGCGUGUGCCCAUGAAUGGCUUCGUGGAGCUCUGGGGAUCGGCGGGUCCGCAGAAGUUCACCAUCGAGAGCUGGGGCACCGUGGACCAGCUGCCUCGUGCGCACACCUGCUUCAACCGGCUGGAUUUGCCGCCCUACAAAACCUUUGAGGACCUGCGCUGCAAGCUCAUCAUCGCCAUUGAGAACGCCGAAGGCUUCGAAGGCGUCGACUGA